UUGCCGGGGGAAGGGGUGGGCGGGAGGCGCAGGCGGAGGACUCUCGUGCUCUCUCUGCGCUCCGCGGCCUCUCACCUCAGACACGUUCGGCGCACGCCCCUCCCUGGCCCCGGCCUGGGAGAAACACACACGCGUCCGCACACCCACAGCUCCGCGCCGCCCGAGCCCGGGGACGGCGGCCCGAGCGCCGCCGGGGCUGCUUCCGGGAGCGGAGGCGCGGCCCCGCGAAGAGGAGGAGCAGGCCAACAUGGCGGCGCGCAGGGCUGGGCCGGCCGGCCGCGCCUGAGCGCCCCACCACCCCAGCUCGGCUCGCUGCGCCCACGCGCGCACCUAACCCUGGCCCGGCGGCCUCGGAACGCGCGGGGCGGGAGCUCAGGGGCCCUGCCGGGGACGGAGCCGGGGCCGAGGCAGCGCGGCACGGCCCGCCAGGCCCGGGAGCCGCAGCUUCGCCGCACGCCGGCCGGCGCGACUCCGAGGCCGGAGCCAUGGAAUCGGAGGAGGAGCAGCACAUGACCACGCUGCUGUGCAUGGGCUUCUCGGACCCGGCCACCAUCCGCAAGGCCCUGCGCCUGGCCAAGAACGACAUCAACGAGGCCGUGGCGCUGCUCACCAACGAGCGGCCCGGCCUCGACUACGGUGGCUACGAGCCCAUGGAUAGCGGCGGCCCCAGUCCGGGGCCGGGCGGCGGCCCACGGGGCGACAGCGGCAGCGACGGCAGCGGGCCUUCCCGCGGCGGGAGCACCGGAGGUGGUGGCGGCUUCGAUCCCCCGCCCGCCUACCACGAGGUGGUGGACGCGGAGAAGAACGAUGAAAAUGGAAAUUGCUCAGGAGAAGGAAUUGAAUUUCCUACAACCAAUUUGUAUGAGCUGGAAAGCCGCGUUUUGACUGAUCAUUGGUCUAUCCCGUACAAGAGAGAAGAGUCAUUAGGCAAAUGCCUGCUGGCUUCCACCUACUUAGCCAGACUUGGUCUUUCAGAGUCUGAUGAGAAUUGCAAAAGAUUUAUGGAGCGGUGUAUGCCCGAGGCAUUUAAGAAGCUCCUGACAUCAAGUGCUGUUCACAAGUGGGGUACUGAAAUUCAUGAAGGAAUCUACAACAUGUUGAUGCUACUAAUAGAAUUGGUUGCAGAGAGGAUGAAACAGGAUCCAAUUCCCAUUGGUCUUCUAGGUGUGCUUACAAUGGCUUUCAAUCCUGAUAAUGAAUACCACUUUAAAAACAGAAUGAAAGUGUCUCAGAGGAACUGGGCAGAGGUGUUUGGAGAGGGAAAUAUGUUUGCUAUUUCACCUGUAUCUACUUUCCAAAAGGAGCCUCAUGGAUGGGUGGUGGACUUGGUAAAUAAGUUUGGAGAAUUAGGUGGAUUUGCAGCAAUCCAAGCCAAACUCCAUUCAGAAGAUAUAGAACUUGGGGCCGUGUCAGCACUGGUGCAGCCCUUAGGGGUGUGUGCAGAGUACCUCAACUCCUCUGUGGUGCAGCCUAUGCUAGACCCGGUCAUCCUUACCACAAUCCAGGACGUGCGGAGUGUAGAGGAGAAGGACCUCAAAGACAAGAGGCUGGUUAGCAUCCCCGAGCUCUUGUCUGCCAUUAAGUUGCUUUGCAUGCGCUUCCAACCGGCUCUGGUGACGACCGUGGACGCCCUUCGCCUGGACAUCCUGCUGCGCAUGCUCAAGUCACCACACUUCAGUGCGAAAAUGAAUUCCCUCAAGGAAGUAACAAAACUAAUAGAAGAUAGUACUCUAUCCAAGUCUGUGAAGAAUGCUAUAGAUACAGACAGAUUACUAGAUUGGCUAGUUGAAAAUUCAGUUCUGUCAAUUGCACUAGAAGGCAACAUAGACCAAGCACAAUACUGUGAUCGAAUAAAGGGAAUUAUUGAACUCUUGGGCAGUAAAUUGUCACUAGAUGAACUCACUAAAAUUUGGAAGAUACAAUCAGGACAGUCAUCUACAGUAAUUGAGAACAUUCAUACAAUUAUUGCUGCGGCAGCUGUGAAGUUUAAUGCAGACCAGCUUAAUCAUUUGUUCGUCCUUAUUCAGAAGAGCUGGGAGACCGAGAGUGACAGAGUGAGACAGAAGUUGCUGAGUCUGAUCGGACGAAUCGGCCGGGAAGCUCGGUUUGAGGCCACUUCUGGAAAGGUGUUAGAUGUCCUCUGGGAGCUGGCUCACCUUCCCACCUUGCCCAGCAGCCUCAUUCAGCAGGCCUUGGAGGAGCACCUCACCAUCCUCAGUGACGCGUACGCAGUGAAGGAGGCGGUCAAGAGGAGCUACAUCAUUAAAUGCAUAGAAGACAUUAAAAGGCCUGGAGAAUGGUCGAGUUUGGAGAAAAACAAGAAAGAUGGAUUUAAGCAAGGUGGGCUGACUGGGGAUUAUGUCUCCCUGCCAGGCUACACAGAAACUAAGCGAAGGUCAUCUCAACUUAAUAAUCCGCAGUUUGUGUGGGUGGUUCCAGCUUUACGUCAGCUUCAUGAAAUCACUCGUUCAUUUAUAAAACAAACCUAUCAAAAGCAAGACAAGAGCAUUAUUCAAGACCUGAAGAAAAAUUUUGAAAUAGUCAAACUGGUAACGGGAAGCUUACUGGCUUGUCACCGACUUGCAGCAGCCGUGGCUGGGCCUGGAGGCUUAACCGGCUUAACAUUGGUGGAUGGCCGCUAUACUUACCGGGAGUAUUUAGAGGCACAUCUGAAAUUUCUGGCAUUUUUCUUACAAGAAGCUACACUGUAUCUUGGGUGGAACCGAGCCAAAGAAAUUUGGGAGUGCCUUGUGACUGGCCAGGACGUCUGCGAGCUAGAUAGAGAGAUGUGCUUUGAGUGGUUUACAAAGGGGCAGCAUGACCUGGAGAGUGACGUCCAGCAGCAGCUCUUCAAGGAGAAGAUUCUGAAAUUGGAGUCAUAUGAAAUCACUAUGAAUGGUUUCAACUUAUUUAAGACUUUUUUUGAAAAUGUGAAUCUCUGUGAUCAUCGGUUGAAAAGACAAGGAGCUCAGUUGUAUGUAGAAAAGUUGGAGUUGGUAGGAAUGGAUUUCAUUUGGAAAAUUGCCAUGGAAUCACCUGAUGAAGAAAUUGCUAAUGAAGCUAUUCAAUUAAUCAUAAACUACAGUUACAUUAAUCUAAACCCUAGGUUAAAGAAGGACUCAGUGUCUUUACAUAAGAAAUUCAUUGCUGACUGCUAUACAAGACUAGAAGCAGCCAGUUCAGCACUCGGUGGCCCCACUCUAACACAUGCUGUGACCCGAGCAACCAAAAUGCUCACUGCAACUGCCAUGCCAACUGUAGCAACAUCAGUUCAGUCUCCAUAUAGAUCAACAAAACUUGUGAUAAUCGAGAGACUGCUGCUUCUGGCGGAGCGCUACGUGAUCACAAUAGAGGACUUCUACUCUGUCCCACGAACUAUUCUACCUCAUGGUGCCUCAUUUCAUGGACAUCUUUUAACUCUUAAUGUUACCUACGAGUCUACCAAAGAUACCUUCACUGUAGAGGCUCACAGUAAUGAGACGAUAGGCAGCGUCCGCUGGAAGAUAGCCAAACAGCUGUGCUCUCCUGUGGACAACAUACAGAUAUUUACGAACGAUAGUCUGCUGACUGUAAAUAAAGAUCAAAAGCUCCUCCACCAACUGGGGUUCUCUGAUGAACAAGUUCUUACCGUGAAGACUUCUGGCAGUGGGACCCCCUCGGGGAGCUCUGCAGAUUCCUCCACCAGCUCCAGCAGCAGCAGCAGUGGGGCCUUCAGUUCGUCCUACGCCAUGGAACAGGAGAAAUCUCUCCCUGGUGUGGUGAUGGCACUUGUAUGUAAUGUGUUUGACAUGCUGUACCAACUUGCCAACCUGGAGGAGCCAAGGAUAACUCUACGAGUGCGGAAGCUUCUGCUCUUGAUACCCACUGACCCAGCCAUUCAGGAAGCCCUUGACCAGCUGGAUUCUUUAGGCAGAAAGAAAACUUUGCUCUCUGAAACAAGCUCCCAGUCUUCAAAGUCUCCUUCGCUUUCGUCAAAGCAGCAGCAUCAGCCAAGUGCCAGCUCCAUCUUGGAAAGUUUGUUUCGAUCUUUUGCUCCUGGCAUGUCAACCUUCAGAGUGCUCUACAACUUGGAAGUCCUAAGCUCCAAACUCAUGCCCACGGCUGAUGACGACAUGGCAAGAAGCUGCGCAAAGUCCUUCUGUGAGAACUUCCUCAAAGCUGGAGGCUUGAGUUUGGUUGUAAAUGUCAUGCAGAGAGAUUCCAUCCCAUCAGAGGUGGACUAUGAGACAAGGCAGGGUGUUUAUUCUAUCUGUCUACAACUUGCAAGGUUUUUACUUGUUGGACAGACAAUGCCAACAUCAUUAGAUGAAGACCUCACCAAAGAUGGCAUAGAAGCACUUUCUUCCCGUCCAUUCCGAAAUGUCAGCCGGCAGACGAGCAGACAGAUGUCCCUAUGUGGGACCCCAGAGAAGUCGUCCUACAGACAGCUGUCAGUGUCAGACAGGUCUUCCAUUAGGGUUGAGGAAAUCAUUCCCGCUGCUCGAGUUGCAAUACAAACUAUGGAAGCAAGUGAUUUCACUGCCACCGUAGCUUGUUUCAUGAGACUGUCAUGGGCUGCAGCUGCAGGACGGCUUGACCUUGUCGGAAGUAGCCAGCCAAUUAAAGAAAGCAAUUCUCUGUUUCCUGCUGGGAUCAGAAGUAGACUCAGCAGCUCAGGAAGCAAUUGCAGCUCUAGCAGUGAAGGAGAGCCAGCAGCCCUGCAUGCUGGGAUCUGCGUCCGGCAGCAGUCUGUGUCCACCAAAGAUGCCCUGAUUGCUGGAGAGGCUUUGUCUCUUCUUGUUACGUGCCUGCAGCUUCGGAGUCAGCAACUGGCGUCUUUCUACAGCUUACCAUGUGUUGCUGAUUUUAUCAUCGAUAUUCUGCUCGGAUCACCAAGUGCUGAGAUCCGCCGGGUCGCCUGCGAUCAGCUCUACACUCUUAGUCAAACAGACACUUCGGCCCAUCCAGAAGUGCAGAAGCCAAAUCAGUUCCUCCUAGGAGUCAUUCUCACGGCCCAGCUGCCUCUCUGGUCCCCGACCAGUAUCAUGAGAGGAGUCAAUCAGAGACUACUGUCUCAAUGUAUGGAGUAUUUUGAUUUGCGGUGCCAGUUAUUAGAUGAUCUGACAACUUCUGAAAUGGACCAGUUAAGAAUCAGCCCCGCUACCAUGCUUGAAGAUGAGAUUACAUGGCUGGAUAACUUUGAACCUAAUCGAACAGCAGACUGUGAGACUAGCGAAGCUGACAACAUCCUAUUGGCAGGACAUUUGCGGCUCAUUAAGACCCUGCUAUCACUCUGUGGGGCAGAAAAGGAAAUGCUUGGUUCAUCACUGAUUAAGCCAUUGUUAGAUGACUUCCUUUUCCGAGCUUCUAGAAUUAUUGUAAAUAGUCAUUCUCCAGCCAGCAGUGCCGCCAUCAGUCAGCAGGACUUUCAUCCAAAGUGUAGUACAGUAAAUAGCCGGUUGGCAGCCUAUGAAGUUCUUGUGAUGUUAGCUGACAGCUCACCUUCAAAUCUUCAGAUUAUUACAAAAGAACUACUUUCAAUGCAUCAUCAGCCUGACCCUGCUCUCACCAAGGAGUUUGAUUACCUGCCCCCGGUGGAUAGCAGGUCCAGCUCAGGGUUUGUGGGGCUGAGGAACGGUGGCGCUACUUGUUACAUGAAUGCGGUCUUCCAGCAGCUGUAUAUGCAGCCCGGGCUUCCGGAGUCACUGCUUUCAGUGGAUGAUGACACAGACAAUCCAGAUGACAGUGUGUUUUACCAAGUGCAGUCUCUCUUUGGGCAUUUGAUGGAGAGCAAGCUGCAGUAUUAUGUGCCUGAGAAUUUCUGGAAGAUCUUCAAGAUGUGGAACAAGGAGCUCUAUGUGAGGGAGCAGCAGGAUGCAUAUGAGUUCUUCACUAGCCUCAUUGAUCAGAUGGAUGAGUAUCUCAAGAAAAUGGGACGAGAACAAAUUUUUAAGAAUACUUUCCAAGGCAUCUAUUCUGAUCAGAAGAUCUGCAAAGAUUGUCCUCACAGAUAUGAGCGUGAGGAAGCUUUCAUGGCUCUCAAUCUAGGAGUUACGUCUUGCCAAAGCUUGGAAAUUUCUUUGGACCAGUUUGUUAGAGGUGAAGUUCUAGAAGGAAGUAAUGCAUACUACUGUGAAAAGUGUAAAGAGAAGAGAAUAACAGUGAAGAGAACGUGCAUUAAGUCUUUACCUAGUGUGUUGGUAAUCCACCUGAUGAGAUUCGGCUUUGACUGGGAGAGCGGACGGUCCAUUAAAUACGAUGAGCAAAUACGGUUUCCUUGGAUGCUAAAUAUGGAGCCUUACACAGUUGCAGGAAUGGCUCGCCAGGAUUCAUCUUCUGAAGUUGGUGAAAAUGGGAGGAAUAUGGAUCAAGGAGGUGGAGGAUCCCCACGGAAAAAAGUUGCCCUCACAGAAAACUAUGAGCUUGUUGGUGUCAUUGUGCACAGUGGGCAGGCCCAUGCAGGCCAUUACUAUUCCUUCAUUAAGGACAGGCGGGGGUGUGGAAAAGGAAAGUGGUAUAAAUUUAAUGACACCGUUAUUGAAGAAUUUGACCUAAAUGAUGAGACCCUGGAGUAUGAAUGCUUUGGAGGAGAAUAUAGACCAAAAGUUUAUGAUCAAACAAACCCAUACACUGACGUCCGUCGAAGAUACUGGAAUGCCUACAUGCUCUUCUAUCAAAGGGUGUCCGAUCAGAACUCACCCGUGCUGCCAAAGAAAAGCCGAGUGAGCGUCGUAAGGCAGGAGGCUGAGGAUCUCUCUCUGUCAGCUCCAUCUUCACCUGAGAUUUCACCUCAGUCCUCUCCUCGGCCCCACAGGCCUAAUAAUGACAGGCUGUCUAUUCUAACCAAGCUGGUUAAAAAAGGUGAGAAGAAAGGACUGUUUGUGGAGAAAAUGCCUGCUCGGAUAUACCAGAUGGUGCGAGAUGAAAACCUCAAGUUCAUGAAGAACAGAGAUGUGUACAGUAGUGACUACUUCAGUUUUGUUUUGUCCUUAGCUUCCUUGAAUGCUACUAAAUUAAAGCACCCAUAUUAUCCUUGCAUGGCAAAAGUGAGCUUGCAGCUUGCCAUUCAAUUCCUUUUCCAAACUUACCUACGGACAAAGAAAAAACUCAGGGUUGACACUGAAGAAUGGAUUGCUACUAUUGAAGCAUUACUUUCAAAAAGUUUGGAUGCUUGUCAGUGGCUUGUUGAAUAUUUUAUUAGCUCUGAAGGACGAGAAUUGGUAAAGGUUUUCUUGUUGGAGUGCAGUGUGAGAGAAGUACGAGUCGCUGUGGCCACCAUUCUGGAGAAGACCUUAGACAGUGCCUUGUUUUAUCAGGAUAAGUUAAAAAGCCUUCAUCAGUUAUUGGAAGUCCUGCUUGCUCUUUUGGAUAAAGAUGUCCCAGAAAAUUGUAAAAACUGUGCUCAGUACUUUUCUCUAUUCAACACUUUUGUACAAAAGCAAGGUAUCAGGGCUGGAGACCUUCUUCUGCGGCACUCAGCACUGCGACACAUGAUCAGCUUCCUCCUUGGGGUCAGCCGACAGAACAGUCAGAUACGCAGAUGGAGUUCAGCACAAGCACGGGAGUUUGGGAAUCUUCACAACACUGUUGCCCUGCUGGUCCUGCAUUCGGAUGUCUCUUCACAGAGGAAUGUUGCUCCUGGAAUAUUUAAACAACGACCACCUAUUAGUGUCGCUCCUUCCAGCCCUCUGCUGCCCCUCCAUGAGGAAGUAGAAGCCUUGCUGUUCUUGUCGGAAGGGAAGCCUUAUCUGUUAGAGGUCAUGUUUGCUCUGCGAGAGCUCACUGGCUCCCUCCUGGCGCUCAUGGAGAUGGUGGUGUACUGCUGUUUCUGCAAUGAGCACUUUUCCUUCACGAUGCUGCAUUUCAUUAAGAACCAGCUAGAAACUGCUCCACCCCAUGAGUUAAAGAAUACAUUCCAGCUACUGCAUGAGGUCCUGGUCAUUGAAGAUCCCAUCCAGGUAGAGCGCGUCAAGUUUGUAUUUGAGACAGAAAAUGGAUUACUAGCACUGAUGCACCAUAGCAAUCAUGUGGACAGCAGCCGUUGCUACCAGUGUGUCAAGUUUCUUGUCACUCUUGCUCAAAAGUGCCCUGCUGCUAAAGAAUACUUCAAAGAGAACUCCCACCACUGGAGCUGGGCUGUGCAGUGGUUACAGAAGAAGAUGUCAGAGCAUUAUUGGACUCCACAGAGCAAUGUCUCUAAUGAAACUUCAACUGGAAAAACCUUUCAGCGAACCAUCUCAGCUCAGGACACAUUAGCAUACGCCACAGCCUUGUUGAAUGAAAAAGAGCAAUCAGGAAGCAGCAAUGGGUCCGAGAGCAGUCCUGCCAAUGAGAACGGAGAGCGACACUUACAGCAGGGUUCGGAAUCUCCCAUGAUGAUUGGUGAAUUAAGAAGUGACCUUGAUGAUGUUGAUCCUUAGAGCAGUGUGCCCAGACAGGAUGCUCAGCACCUUUUGGGAAACCAGAAUCUCAUCAUUGAAGGCCUUAAAUAAGCCUUGAGUGGGAGCCAGGAGUGGGAGGAGAACCGCGUGCUCCAGAGGAGAGACUUCUCUGGCCACUAGAAGGCUGGGAGCUGUUGGGAGAAUUCUGCAAUGUGGACCAGCUGUCCCAGCGUCUACAUGUGCAUUGACACAUGAUUUUAGAAAAUAAAUCUGGUGGCAAACUUGUGAUUCAUGGACAUAGGAGAGUGAGGACGAGGAAUAAAGCUGUGGCUCUCUCUGUGACACAGGGAGAAGAAAUGGGAGGGAAAAUUAUUAAUCUGCAGUAACAUUGAAUAGGAAUAUCCAAUUUACAGUGAUGUGAAGAUAUGUGGUAAAAUUCUUUCUGUUGUAAAAUAGUAAUGAACCCAGUUGACACAGGCCUUUGUAUUUAAUAUGUCUCCUCUGUACAGACCCCUGGUGUCUGGUGAAAGCCCUCAGCAUGGUCUCAGACCUUGAUGACAUGCUUCCAGCAUCAGAGACUGUGGCAUUGUUAAGCUCUUUGAGGGGUUUUCUGAUUCAAGAUUGACAAGAGCAAUAAUAAAUUUACAACAAAACAAAAGCUAUGUUCUCCAGAAGAGUAAGGUGUGUUCUCUGACGUCAGUCAGUAAGGACUGAUGGGUUGUUCCCAAAAUAGAAUUUAAAACAAACCAUUAAAAGCACUUUAUAAGUUUAUUGAGUUUGACUUCAUAAAACUAUCCUUUUUAAUGCUUGGAGACAUAUUGAAUAAACUAGUCUUAAGUCAUGUGAUCUGCAAUCAUUUGCUUUGCUUAAACAUAAUUUCUGUGGCCCUCAUGUUGAUUGUGUAUUGAGUUAAAUACCAAGGCUGGGAGCUGCUACUCUGUGAGAUUCAGCAGAAUUUUACUUUAGAGAAAGAAUUCAAGACUUAGUUUCUCCUUAAUGUGACUAAUACUGAAGAGACAAGAUUUAAAAUAUACUUUCUCUGAAGUAACUAGAAAAUAAUUAAAUGCCAUCCAUGUAGUUGUAUUUGCCAACAUGACAUCUCUCAUUCGUUUGAGGCUGGGCUUACAUAGCCAUUCCCUGUGUUCUUUACAUUUUGUAUCUUCAGUUGCUCAGUGUCAGCCUUGUUUCACCUUUAGUUCUGCCUUAUUUUCCACUUGCCAUGCACAGAACUGGGGGAGCCUCUGGAAGUGCCAGGCUGCCACUGUCAGCUAGAUUUGCCAAGUCAAAGAGGCACAGCCAGCCCCUAAGUGCCUUUUUGGUUGCUUUUGCAUUGUGAGGACAUUCGGCAGGCAGGUCACAGUCCCUGCUGUGUGUUUCAGGGACUCUUCAUCUCACUGUAGAUGUUCCGUGCAACCAGCUUCAGUUGUGGGUUCUGUAGCCUAACACAGACCAAAGCCAGCUUUGGCCUGACUCACAAAGAUGGUCAGGACAGCAUGUAAGAGCAGAGCUGUGUCCUCAGGGAAACAGACAGGCAAGUGGCAGAGCUGGUCGGAUGCUGGUGUUCUUACAGUUUUUGAAUGUGAGGGACUAAAGUUGAUUUUGAACACCUGGACACCCAUCCCAUUUUCUCCCUUCCCAGUCCACCACCUCUUCACACCCAUGCUUAUAGGAAGAUUGUGUGGGACCCGCAUUGAAACGCUGGCCUUGAUACAUGGAGGAAUAUCAUUGCCAGCAACUGCACUCAGGAGCCCGAAUUCAGGAGUGAAAUUGCCACUUCUAGUCAGCCCCUUAUUUCCUAUGGAAACGACGCCUUCCGCCCUGCGCCUGCUGUCCUCACAUAAAGCUGAAUCAGGGUCGCCGACACUGUUCACGUUGGUCCAUCUUCUUCCUUUGCUGCUGCAGUGAGCAUCCUUCCACGCCAUCAGGAACCACUUGAUUUCCAACAGCUUCAGUCCACUAACCUUCUGAGGACUUUUUUAAAUGUAGUACCACAAAGUGACAAUUAUGGCAGGCCUGCCUUGAAAGAAUUGUCAUUUUUACUGCCAAUUUUUGGAUGAAGAUGUUUUUAUAAUCUUUUACAGUGGUCUGCAAUCAAGCAGGAAUUGCACAAUUGACUCAAUGCUAUGUGUUCUCAAGGAGCUCCUUCAGUCUAGGCUGCCCUCCGGACUGCCCUCCUGCCCCUAAGGCACCGGGACACACAGAUGAGCCUCCCACAGGCAGCUCCUGGAGCUCCCCAGGUGGCCUCUCAUGGUCACCUACAGCUAUGAGCUGUAAGGCCCGGAGCCUGAGCCACCAGACUCACCUGGCUCGCCCCACCCUCCCUGCUAGCACCAAGGCGUGUACAGCAUCUUAAGCUUGGAACAAGCAGACUGGAAUUUUCCUCUGCUACCUCUUGUGUACAGAAUCUUGUUUAUAAAUUUCAAAAGGAAGUAGCUAAACUAGGGAAGACUCUGGAUUCUAAAUUUGGUUCAUGUGUGGUGGAGUUCUUAGCUUCUAAGAGUAUAAAAUAAAUUUUUCAAAAAUGUA